GCUUUGCGUGUUAGUUCUACUUCUCGCCACAUAAUCAUUUGCCUUGGUUAUGUAAGCAUCUUGGGCCAUCCGUAGCGACCAGUUCAGUAGUUGGCAGGACAGCACAGCAUAUCGAGAAGACUUCUGCAUCUAAUAAUGGAGAGAAAAGAAUUCGUUUUCAUCACAGCUUUGCUGACGAUCCUGAUAAUUACAUCGAACGCUUCGGCUCAAUCAAGAAAAAGUGGCCAUUGCCCCCCCUCCAGGAGAGUAACCAAUUGCUUCAACAGAUGCAAAACUGACUACGUAUGUUCAUUCGACGAGAAGUGUUGUCCAAAUGUUUGUGGAUCUGAGUCGUGCGCAAAAUCGAGCUCCAUUUCUUACGGGUCUGACAACCGAGAUGAGAGUGAAUCUGUGUAUUGUGACAAUGUGAAGUGUCAGUCGGGGGAGAAAUGCGUGCUGGAUAAAAGAACAAAAAGAAACAAAUGUGGGCGUGGUUAA